AUGCCCCUUGAAUCGCUUCCCAGUUUCUUCACCGGUGUCUCUGAUUCCUCAUGGUCGCAUUUUGACCUCAAUAUCGCGUCCGGAGUGGCCAUUUUUUUCGGAGGCCAAGCAGCGGUAUCUGUGUUUGCAUUGCGACCGCUGUAUGGUCGUAUAUGGCAUGGAUGGUACAACGCACCUGGAUGCCAUGCAAUUGUGUGGGCGCUGGUUAGAACAUUGUUGCAGGGUUCCUCCUCAUCGUAUUCAGAGAGACUCGCGCUUUCUCUUGGUCUAGAUGGCAAGGAAGGACCACAAUACAUUGCAUCGCGGUCAGGAACGGUCAUGCCGCAUACUCGCCAUCUUGCCUACGUGCUUAACAAAAGCAACUGGGAAGGCAAGGAGUGCAAGCCAGUGCCCGUGGGUCAGAGGAACAGCCCGACGCCGAUGCAAUUGAUAAUCGUGGACUUCAAGAAGAAGGUGCUGACGGAAAACGACACGCUACCCCCAAGAAGUUCUCGUCACUCUUCAUUGUCCAUGAUCGCCAGCGCCACUAGCAUCGCAGCUUGCGCCAUUUGUGCCAGUGUUGAGGACUGGUUAUCCUUCAAGAUGAUUCUGCUUGGGAUAAUCUCCUCUGGGAUCACUUCUUUCAUCAUGUCCAUUGGGCAUAUAACCCUUGAACGACUCAAACCAGCCCAUGGAGCUCCACGUGGAGACGGGAUGCUACUAUCGGAUAGUCGUAUUGUAAUAUUGAGGGGCAAUGAGGAGGACGUUAAUGCUGUGACCAAGGGAAAACUGCGAUUGGAGCUCAAGGGAGGGGGUUACACUGUCCUUCUCUGCGCAUUCAUAGCGUUGUUGCAAGUUACCCUACAGGUCGUCUUCAUGCCUUUCGGAUCGCUACCAGGACAACUCAUGUUCCUGUUAUCACUCCUAGUGUCUGGGGUAUGCAACCUAUAUCUAUCAACAAACGAAGAUGAUGUGAAAUCAAGUGCCCUCAUCGCCCUAUUGAAUACUCCAGAGGUGAAAACGUACCAAGCCCAUUCUAGGGCAGCCGCUGCCACUCUGGCGAGCUUAGCGCUCUGUUGGGAGUCUAGCACACCACCUAGGCAAGUCCUCCGGGCGAUUAUCCCCAUCAGACAAAGAGCGUGGAAGGCCUGGUCUGAGUUUAUCGUGGAGAAUAUCAGGGAGAAGAGGACGCAUUAUGUGUGGGGGGAGAACAAGUCAACAAAACGUCUGGAUGAAGAAGAAUCGAAGCUUUUACACGCGCUCAUUGAUGACGCUCAUGCAGCGCACGACCAGUAUAUUAAGGAUCACAAUAUUACAUAG